AUGAACAGAGACCAAUCCUUUGUUGUCGAUGAGCCAAAUGUCUAUUGGCGCCGACAUGAUACCACACGGCUCAAGCCAGAGAGGACGGAAGCUAAAAGUACACACAGUAUCCCAAAACUAAAGGCAAGCAAAGCGGAUACAAUUUCAAGCACCACCCAGGUCAAGAAACGAAGGAAAAAGCAGCAGAAAAUAGUGUCCGCUUCCGUACCACCACCAGCAGAGAAGAAAACGAGGGCGGAGCUGACGGGUAUCCGAGAGCGCCGCCCCAUUCGCAGGGGGAAGAAACCACAGGAUCUCCCCCCUGCACCUCCGCCUGUGCAAACGACAACUUGGAGCCGAGCUGAAACAUCUUCUAGAGGACAUUGCUCAAUGGACGCUACCGCUACCAGCACUAGCAGGAAGUAUCCGAGGGUACACAGGACGAGACGAAGAAACGCCAUGGUCUGCGCGACAGGAAUCCUUGACAGUCAAAGGAUGGGAUCUGGACAGGUCAUCGCCUUCUGA